AUAGAUUAGAACACCCCCAGCAGUGGCGAUUUCAGGACCGCAGAUCUACCGGCGAUCGUUGUGGCCUGGAUACCCCAAACAGCCGAGUGCGGACUCCCCACUAGGGAUCAAGUGGACUCGCCCAGCCGUACGUGACCGAUUCCGACGAGAUGACCUCCGGAAUACCGGUGUAUGCCACCGUGGAGACUUUUUCUCCCGAAGGUGACCCAGUUCAGGUCGGUGUCAGGUGGAAAGCUUGGAUAGAAAGCUUCGUGGAUUAUUUAGCAGUGCUUGAAAUAACAGAGCCAGUAAAGAAAUUAAGGUAUUUGAGGCAUCACCUGGGAAAUAAAACCAAAGAGAUAUGUAAAACAUUUCCUAACUAUAGUAGUUUAGAAACUGAAGCGAUAGUUAGUGCAUUGACCAAGCAUUUCAUACCCCAGGUAAACAUGUUUUAUGAGAGAUUUAAAUUUACAAAUAGUAAGCCAGGGCAUGAUGAAUUGAUAGACUCUUGGGUGACAAGGUUAAAGAAAGCAGCUACCUUGUGUGAAUUUCCUGAUCUAGAAAACAGAAUUAUUGAAGCUAUAUUGAAUCUCACGCCAGACUGCAAAUUUAGAGAAAUAUUAUUAGGAGAAGAUAAUUUAACUCUAGAUAGAUUGAUGAAACUGGCAAGGAUAAAGGAAGCUUCAAAAUCACAGGCUGAUGUUUAUGAAAGAAAAGAGUCUGUGAGUAAGGUACAAGUAGGUAAGGAUAAAAGGUUGCCUGCUUAUGUCCAAAGGAGCAAACAAAGUGAGGUUCCAAACAAAUCUCCUAGACCAAAGCCAAGGACAACAGAUCAUAAGUAUUCUAGUUCACAAAGCUGCCGUAGGUGCGGUAGGGAAAACCAUAGGUCUAAGGAUACUGAUAAAUGUCCAGCUAUGGGCAAGCAGUGUAAUAACUGUAAGAAGUGGAACCAUUUUGCUCAAGUUUGUACAAACAAACGAAUUCAGAAGUCAGGGAAUGUAGUAUAUAAGACUGAGGGCACACAAGAGUUUGACUAUGAUUCUGACAAAGAUUGGGUAUUAUCAAUUAAGUAUCUAAAUGAUAGUAAGAAAAGAAUAUACUUAGAUGUUCAGAUAAAUGGGAAGCCAGUUGUAAUGCAGCUAGAUACCGGGGCAGAUGUCACUAUAUUGCCGGAGUAUAUAGCUAAGACAAUUCCGGGUAUAAAGGUGCAGCCAGCUGAUAAAGGACUGAAAACAUAUGGUUCUCAUGGGUUGACAGUAAUGGGUAUGGCUAAGGUAAAGGUAAAGUACGAAGAUCAAGUGCAUGAUAAUUUACCCUUAUAUGUUGUGAAGGAGAAAGAUGGAUGUCUUUUAGGUUUGCAGUGGCUCGCUCGAGUUAAAUUGAAUUAGCCAAAAGUGUAAACAUGAGAGCUAUAUCAUCCAUAGAUGAAAUUAUCCUAUUAUACACAGAAAUCUUUUCAGAAGGAAUAGGUACAGUUGCAAAUAGCAAAGCAUCAUUGGUACUGAAACCAGAGGCAAAGUUUAUGUCCCCCAGGUAAAUUCCGUUUGCAUUGAAGCCAGCUGUGGAACAGAAAUUCGCAGAUUGGAAGCGGAAGGAACCUGGGAAAGGGUUAACUAUUCGGAUUGGGGUACACCUUUAGUGCCAAUAGCAAAGAGAGAUGGUAGUGUCAGACUUUGUGGAGACUAUAAAGUAACUGUAAAUCCACAAUUGCAGAUUGCACAACAUCCUCUGCCGAAUAUUCAAGACAUGUUAGCUGCCAUAGGAGAUUGUAAAGUAUUUUCAAAGAUUGAUUUAAAAGCAGCAUUUUUACAGUUAAUGAUGGAUGAAGAUUCUCAAAAGAUAUGCACUCUGAGCACUCAUUUAGGACUGUUUACUCCCAAGAGAUGCCUUUUGGAAUAGCAUCGAGCCCAGCUAUUUGGCAGCAAACCAUGGAUAAGAUAUUCCAUGCUCUACCAGGAGUAUUUUGUUUUAUAGAUGACAUUUUGAUUGCAGGUAGGACGAAAACGAACACCUAGAAAGGUUGCUAGCUGUUUUAGAUAGGAUAAAAGAAAAUGGAAUGAAAACACACAAAAGUAAGUGUCAUUUCUUUGUAAACUCUCUGGAGUAUUUAGGUUUCAGGAUUGAUGGUAAAGGUAUUCAUAAGACUGAUGAUAAAGUUAGGGCAGUUAAAUUAGCAAAAGUGCCUGAGGAUGUUAAAGAACUACAGUCGUUUCUAGGGUUGGUAACCUUUUACGGUAAAUUUGUAAAGAAUUUAGCCACCAUUGCUAGUCCACUGUAUAAUUUGACUGCAAAAAAUGUUAAAUGGAAUUGGUCAGUCGAAUGUCAGGAUGCUUUUGACAAAAUAAAAGCUGAAAUCACAGAUGAUACACUUCUGGUACAUUACAACAAAGACAUGCCUAUAAAAUUAGUGUGUGACGCACCACAAGUAAGUUUAGGUGCAGUAUGGCCCACGUUAUGAAAGAUGGAACCGAGAGACCAAUUGCUUUUGCUUCACGAUUGCUAAACAAAGCAGAACGAAGAUAUUCUCAAAUAAAAAAGAAGGAUUGGCAUUAGUAUAUGGCAUUAAGAAGUUCCACAUGUACCUUUAUGGCAGAAAAAGCUUCACGUUAGUAACAGACCAUAAACCAUUAUUAGCUAUUUUGGGACCAAGAAAGAGUCUGCCAGAGUUGGUAGCAGCUCGUCUACAUAGAUGAUCUAUAACUCUAGCCGCCUAUAAUUACGAGAUAGAGUAUAGGUCAACAUCGAAGAUGGGAAAUGCAGAUGCUUUGUCUAGAUUACCGGUUGAUCAGGCCUCGAGUGAGGUAGCAUCAAGCAUUUUGUUAGUAGACGCAUGUGAGUUACCUAUAACAUCAAAGCAAAUUGCAGAUCAAACUAAAAGUGAUCCCUUAUUAUCAAAGGUUUUAGAUGGUCUGACAUCAAAUGAUAAGGAUAUGUUGUCUUUGCAAGAGUACAAGCCAUUUUCAGAGGUAUGGUCUGAAUUAUCGGUGGUACAAGGUUGUAUAUUGAGAAGUAAUAGGGUAGUAAUUCCAGACCGAUUGAAGGGUAAGGUUCUUGCGGAGUUACAUGCCGAACAUCAAGGUAUUGUACGCACAAAAGCGAUUGCUCGUACUUUUGUGUGGUGGCCUGGCAUUGACAAUGACAUCACAAUGUAUGUGAGGGUUGCGCAUUUCAGCAAAACAAUCUAGCUCCUUGUAAAACACAUCCGUGGGAGACACCUAGUACUCCUUGGCAGAGAUUGCAUAUUGAUUUUGCAGGUCCUUUUAGAGGUCACACCUUUCUGAUUGUUGUAGAUUCAUUUAGUAAGUGGCCUGAGGUGAUUCCAAUGACCUCUACAACGGCAUAUAGCACCGUUAGAGUGUUAUUGUCUCUGUUUGCAACACAUGGUAUACCUGAGCAUAUCGUGUCUGACAAUGGUCCUCAAUUUGUUUCAAGUGAGUUUGAGAACUUUUGCAAGGGUAACAACAUCAAACACACCCGUAGUGCUCCUUAUCACCCUGCAACAAAUGGAGAGGCAGAGAGAUUUGUUCAGACAUUCAAGAAUAACAUGAAGUGUAGGGGCAGUAGCAGAUCCAGUAUUACCACUUGUAUAAAUAGGUUCUUGCUAUCAUAUAGAACCACUCCUCAUGCGACCACGGGUUGUUCGCCUUCUUUUCUAUUGAUGGGGAGGAGAGUGAGAUGUAGAUUGGAUUCAUUAAAACCAAAGACAGCGGUUAAUCAAAAGUCUAGAUCUGAGAGUGUAAAGGACUAUAGAGAAUUUAAUGUUGGAGAUAAGGUUUUGAUAAGAUCAUAUAUCUCUUCAGAAGAAAAGUGGGUUGAAGGACAGGUUAUAGAGAAGCUAGGAAAAUUGCAUUAUAAGGUGAUAGACCAAGAUGGUAAGGAAAUGAAAAGGCAUAUUGAUCAACUGAAGCCAUCACAUUUAAACAGGAAGGGUGUAAUCAUAAUUCCUCCUAUGCAAUCACCAGUACAGGAUCUGUCAAAACAUCAGGAAAAUAAAGAAGUAAAGGUAGACCUUUCUCAGAAGCCUAUGAAGAAAGAGCUUCCACAAAGGUCCACCAGAAAUAAAAUUCCCGCUAGAUAUGCUGACCAGUAUAUUUUAACUGGAAAAUGGUAACUGUAUGAAGUGUAAUCAGGCUAUUGUGAUAUUGUGAUAUUUGAUAAUAUGUACUUAAUUCAUGUGCUUUUAUGCUUUUUUAUUAGUAGUAAUAUCUUCCAUAAGGGGGAAGGAAGUGAUAUGUAUUUACAAACACUAAAUUAUAUAUGUUAUUAACACUAAAGUUCUUAUGCAGAAAUUGUUAGGCGUUGUUUGAUAUAUGUAUGUGAUACCCCUUGUAACGACCUGUGAUCCGUUUUCUAUGACCCGUUAUAUGUAUGCCCUAGCGGCGAUGUAUGUAAACUCUUCUUGGCUGAGCAACAAUAAAAAUUAAACGUA